AGCGGGGACUCUAAACCGAUUGACAUCCAUUGACGAUUCCACCACCCCAAACUGACGAGUAUAUUCCAAAGACUCCCCAGAUGCUCCAUGACCGAUCUUCUGGUCAUCGUUGAAUCUUGGGGACGUCACACACCGACUCAACCCUAGCAACACAGCUCUCAGAGAGCUUGCACAUGAACCAUGGCUCCUGUCAACGCCGCCAGAGCUGUCCAGCAAAACCGACCGCGACCAACAGCUGCAAAGAACAUCAUUGUGCCAGCGAUUCCUUUGACAUACGUGCAGAAGCGCCAGAAGCAGUCGGCCGCGCAUACAAAAGCCAAGAUCGAGCAGCCGGUGGCAUCAAACCCGCCAGUGGUUGAAUUUCUACCUCCCUCAACCUCGCCCAUUUUAGAGCCAGCUGCGGCGGCGAAUAGUACUUCUGAAAACGGAUCGCCAUCACCACUGCAAGCUUCGACUACAUCGCCAGCAUCUGAGGCCGACUACUUGAACGAGAGCCAUCAUACUGAGAGCACAGAGGAAGAGGUAGCGGAGCCUGCGAUCGCUGCGAUCGCUGAGCAGGAGGUGUCUGUGGUUGAGGAAUCGUCAGCAGGUAUGCGGCUGCUUCUUUCCCCCAGUAUAUUUUUCCGCAGCUUCUCAGACCUCCUUCCGCAGAAGAACCCCAACAAACCCCACGAUCCGCGCCUUCUGAAGCACAAUCGUCGGCCUCGCGCACCACCUACCAAAUGCCGCCCCCGUUCGUCCCAUCCAGCCAGAGUCAACAACCAAACAUGAGCGCCGCCGACCCAGGCAGCAUGCCACCCCCUCCAAACUUCCACCACGGCCAACACCCAAUGCACCAUGCGCAUCCCAGUGCUGGAAGCUUGCGAUUUGGCGGAUACCCUGAAUCGAACAACUCGUCUCCUGCCCCUCCUCCAUCUGCGGGGAACUUGCCUCCAUAUCCAUAUCCUCAAUCGUCCCACGUUCCUCAGCGCCAUGGCCAGCAACCACCAACCAACGGAGGUCAUCCUAACGGAUUCUCACCAAUGGGACCACCCCCUCCUCCAGGAUACUAUGCGCGACCUGACGGUAUGAUGAACCAUGGGCCUAACGAGAGCUUCAUGCGCCGACAAAUGCCAGGCUUUGGACCGGAGGGCGGUCAUAUGCCACCACCUGGAUUUGAGCAUCAGCGCUACAACUCGUUUGACCCCUCGACCCCUCACAGCUUCCAUGGAUCGCAAUCAUCGGCACAAAAUGACCAGGAGAAUGGGCCAGCUUUCUACAGUCAAUACCCCACUGCAGUCAUUUCCAACGGCAGCAAUGGCCAUAUCGAUGAAGUUCGUUUGUAUCAACAGCCUCGUCCAAAGCCUCGCACAAACUCGCAUGCGGUCGACCCUAGUCAGAACGGUUUCCCUCAUCCCACUGGCCAACCACCAGCUUUGAUUGAUAAUCUUGAUGGCCUCGUUGGCUACCUUCAAGGCCAGUUCGGUGAUGCCCAAUUUGCUGACUUGACCCUUGAGUUGCGCUACUCUGAUGACCGCGCUGCUCCAGUUCGCAUUCCAGGUCACAAUCUCAUGUUUGCUCGCAGCCCUGCGCUUCAUGCCCUCAUGAAAGCUCAAAAUACCAACAAUGAUGGAGUUGCCAUGAAGACAUUGCUCAUUGAGACUGAUGAUAGAUACCUGCGAUCGGACGCUUUUUGGAUGGCCAUGCAACGCCUUUACGGUGGGGCUCUUCUUGACAUAGGCGCUGUAGCUUCCGUCAACAUGUUGCCAAACGCUCAAAUGUCGUCUUCAACUUCAGGUAUUCCCUCCGAUCGGUUUGAACUCGCCUUGGGUUACGCUGCCGCUGGCAAACUGCUUGUAAUGCCUCCUGUAAUGCAGCGUGGUGUUGAGAUCGCGAGCCAUACUAUCAAUAUGUCUACCCUUGAGAAGGCCCUCGAGUUUGCCCUUGACGGCGGGCUUGAUUACUCAUGGACUCGAGAAGCCCCUCCUGAUGGUGCUCGUUGCCCAAGCACAUACGGCCCUCUUGUCAAUCUCUUGCUCACUCGAUGUAUGCAAUGGAUCAUUGCAGGCAUCACCCCAGGGUUUGAACUUGACGCAUCUGUUGGCGAUUUUGUGCACGUUCGUCGUCUUCCUGAGGUUCCAGUAGAUCGACCGACUACCGCCCCAAACCCCCGACUCAGUCAAAUCAAAUUUGGUGACCACCCAACCGAAGAGAGUGCAAUUGUUCAGCCAUCAAGUGCCAACUCCGACCUUCUUACUCUCUCCAAAGCAUUGAUCAAUAUGCCAUUCCACUUGUUGAAACACGUAUUGGAGGCGCCUCAAUUGGGCAAUGCUCAAGGCUGGGCAACCACUGCUUUGAAGCAAAAUGUUAUGUACGCUGUGGUCGAGGAACGCGAGAAGCGCAGAUUGAAGGUUCUUCGCAAUCCUCAUGUUCUUACAGAGGAACGAAAGACAAAGCGCAAGGCUUGGGAGGCUGUUGGAUGGCAAGAAUCUGUCGAGGCACAUGGAACUAUCGAGCCAACUCCUAUCUUGACUCGUACCUGGGUCGACUACGUUCUUCCAGCUUCACCACACUAGAAUUUAUGAAUUGAAUGGGGGAAAAAAGCAAUUGGGUUGGGACGGGUUAUUUCCGUGUUUGUUUGGGUGCAUUUGGCGUUGCAUGACGGUUUUCCUUACCCAUAACGAGGCUUUUUAAUCUCUCGGAAAAAUGGAUCAGCGUUUGUUUGCUUCUCUACAUACAGUUGAUAAAACGGGAGAGUCUGGGUUUCUUUACAAACAUUGGAAUCUGGAGCGAUGCUUUUGAUUUCUGGCUUUUACAUAACGGCAUCCAUGGGGCAUUUUUGCGUGGAUGAGGUACAAGAAGUUUGUUUUUGUUUUCCUUGCCUCCUGGAUUUUGAUUUGAUGAUGGGACGAAACAUUUGGCGAUCAAUGGGAUGGGAAAAAUGGAACGAAAAACGAGAGAAUAUUUGGCUCUAAUUAAAUUUCCUAGGGAUGGUGGGUUAGCAUAGCAGAGUAUUACUUUGUAAUUGAGAGCCAAAACUUUACCUACCGUUUAGUUUAGCUGAUGACAUGAAUGGAUACCCCAUUUCAAAAUACUUGAAGAUUCUCAUGGACGCUGGUGAUAUCAAUGCAAGCAGAGAUUGCUUCAAUUGCUUGCAUUUUCGAGUAACGCUACCCACUC